GACUUUCUUGGUAUGCUUUUCUGUUGGUCACCCCACCAGCAUCUACACGUUUGCUUCACUCAUAAUUCAAUGAAGAGAUAUUGUUUGAGAUUUUGAGAGAGAAAGCAAAGAGGCUCCUUUUCAUUCCUCCCUCUCUCCCUCAGGUACAGGAAAAGGGUUUUGUUAGUCUUGGACGACAAGAUCGGUUGUGAAUAUGGCGGAAUUCGAAACGACAGGGAGGCGGCAGGUGGAUGUUCGUUAUGUGAAUGCUGGCGUGCCUUGCACAAUUGAACAGAAUUUCGAAGGGUAUUUCCUUGAACACGGGGAUCUUUCGCUCGAAGAGGUUAUCCAAGCUCAGGAGAUUCUGUACCAUUCUUUCCAAACAAACACCGAGAACGAUACGGCUGAAGUUUCUGCAAGUUCUCAUACUAGCCCCAAUACUGGCCAAAGUGGCAGUGAGAUCGUCCAGAAAGAGGCAGAAUCUUCGCAGGCCAAUGAUGUGGCAGCACAACUAGAAUUGGAUGAAGCUUUAGCUAGAACUAUGCAGGAGAUGGAGGAUCAAUUCUCUGGGACUUCAAUUACUGAAACUUCUGGAACAGCAGCUGAAACUACCCACUCGGCGUCUUCCACAAUCAACAGAGAACCGAGCUCCACAGACGCCACUGUGGUUUCGAGACAAGAUGGUAUCGACCCUGAUAAUAUGACUUAUGAGGAAUUGCAAUCAUUAGGAGAAACCAUUGGCACUCAGAGUAGAGGAUUAUCAGACGAGAUUAUUUCCUACUUGCCAUCUUUCAAGUACAAAACAGGAUUCUUCUCGAAAAAGGACAAACAUGAGGAAUGCAAAUGUGUGAUCUGUUAUACGGCGUACAAAAACCGAGACAUUUUGAUGGCCCUGCCUUGUCAGCAUCAAUAUCAUUCUGAUUGUAUCAGUCGGUGGCUGAAGCUCAAUAAGGCAUGCCCGAUAUGCAAUGAGGAGGUAUUCGGGUGAGGAAAGCUGCAUCAAAAAGCUUAUUACAUGG